UCCUAAUUUGAGCAAUUAUCUAUUUGUAUUUUUCUUUUAAAAAGAAAAAGAAAGAAAAAUGCGAGGCGGUGCCCGUUACGUCACACACUUGGAUAUCUGCAAAGGUUGUUCUGGUUUGCUACAUCUAGAUCCCUACCCCCGGAGCAAUUUCGGGUUGAAACCGAACCGAGGGAAAUGGGAUUGCUUUCCAACAGAAUCGAUCGGAGCAGCCUUAAAGCAGGGGAUCAUAUAUAUUCUUGGCGCACUGCUUACGUUUAUUCUCACCAUGGUAUCUAUGUUGGUGAGAAUAAAGUCAUCCACUUCACCAGACAUGGUCAAGAGGUGGGGACCGGGACUGUGUUGGAUGUCCUCCUGGUAAGCUCCGGACCCUCCCGGUCCCAUGUGCCUUGUCUCACGUGCACCCCCUCAAGAGACAGCCACGGGGUCCACUUGUCGUGCCUGGACUGCUUCCUUGCCGGCGGCAUCCUCUACCGAUUUGAAUACUCGGUCAACCCUGCUCUUUUCCUCGCAAAGGUACGUGGGGGAACUUGCUCCCUUGCAGUCCCAGAUCCAGAUGAGGAUGUGGUGCACCGGGCAAAUCACCUUCUUAGAAACGGGUUUGGGUGUUACAAUGUGUUCAAGAACAACUGUGAGGAUUUUGCGAUCUAUUGCAAGACGGGUUUGCUCGUGGUGGAUGAGAGGAGUUCGAUGGGGCGGAGCGGGCAGGCGGUGUCUAUAAUAGGCGGGCCUCUGGCAGCUGUUUUAUCGUCACCGCUGCGGCUUGUCACGACAAAUGUGUAUGGGAUGGCAGCUAUGGCUGUUGGGGUGUAUUGUGCCAGCCGAUAUGCCGCUGAUAUUGGGACGCGUAGAGAUGUGGUGAAGGUGAGUGUGGAGGAUAUAACGGGGAGGCUAGCAACUGGCAUGUAUCAGGCUUCUGUUGUGCCAAGUCUUCCUACUCUGCCUUCUACAAGCUGAUGUGUUUCUGGGCGCAUGUGUGUAAGAUAUUAUAAUAUCUGUAGUCCUUCACAACUACAUCUUCAAUAUUAUUUGUGACGGUUUGUAUGCAAAUGAUAACAAUUAACCAAAAUUUCUGUACUGAGUGUUUCUUUUGGAGUUUUUCUACUACCUAUUGCAUACGAUAGUAUAUUACUAAAUCAAAGGUGAUGAACAAAAAAAUGACCGACAUUGUGCAGACCGGUGACAGCACCAGUAAAAACUGUCGCUCAUAUUAGAAAUGGUCAUUAAUAUGUCACUAUUUCUUUAUUUGUUUGUGAAUAUGCACAUGUUUGUUUUUUAUGUUUCAGCCAGCCCCUCGAGCCAAUAUAUGCUGUUUUUAGUGGCGUUAUCAGUUCAUUUUAUGAUUUUAUCCAAGUGAAGCUAAUUGGUGUUGGGCGGGAGGAAUUGGCAGAGAUUUUGAGGUGAUCGGAUCACUUAGACUGGCCCAACCGCCCAAGGGUUUGGGAACAUAUUAUUUUGCUUAUAUACACUAGUAUAUAAAACAUGUCAUCUUUGAGAGAAAAAGUUUUUAGAUUUUUAGCUGCUUUUGAGAUGUUGGAAAUGUGUCAAAAAAUCCAAUUGUUGAAAGGAUGUAAUUUCUUCAGUUGUGCCAAGCAAAAUGACAUAGACACAAGAGACAUUUUAGGGCUCUUAUUUUGUAUUAAAUAAAAUUCCAUAUUUAUAUUUCUUAUAAAUAGAUCUAUUGUUUAUCUUCCG